UCCAUCCCUCACGCCGCCUUCGCUUCUGCCGCCGCUUUUGUACACUUCCGGUAACCAUGAAGAUUCUCAGGCCGCCGCCGCCGAUUUUGUCGGGUCCUGACCUCUCCUACAUCUUGGACCGUACCGAUUUGUCGGUCGAUGAGAAGAUCGACAUGGUAUUGGAGGAACAUGGUCCUGUGGUUCUACCAUUCGACGGGUCGCACUUCGAAAAAAGAUGGGAGGGAUUUAAGGACGAGUUCAUGGACUCUGAGGACGAGGAUGAGGACGACGACGAAGACAAGGAGGCAGAGCAGGAGAUAGGGAAGGUGUUGGGUGAUGAAAAGGAACCAGGUAUCGUGAAACGCCCAUCACAGGCCCCUCUUGAAGGUGAGCCGGUAUGCAAAUGCCAAGAACAACACCACAAGGAGAAGAACCCCCUCAGUCUGGAGAAGCACAGAAUUCGAAAUCCCCUCUUCAUUGUGUCUAAUAUUAGGUUCUGGUGAUUUGUCCUGAGGGAAGAACAACUUAUUUUUGCUCAGAGUCAAGUUCAUAACUCCAGUCCUUUAUGAAGUGUGACCUAUCUUUUUUUUAAUCUUCAUUGCAUGAUAUGGUGUUUUUGUUUAUCUUAUCCCUGCAGUGUGUCUAAUAUUAGGUUCUGGUGAUUUGUCCUGAGGGAAGAACAACUUAUUUUUGCUCAGAGUCAAGUUCAUAACCCUCCUUUAUGAAGUGUGGCCUAUCUUUUUUUUUUUUUUAAUCUUCAUUGCAUGAUGUGGUGUUUUUGUUUAUCUUAUCCCUGCAGUGUGUCUAAUAUUAGGUUCUGGUGAAUUGUCCUGAGGCAAGAACAACUUAUUUUUGCCCAGAGUCAAUUGCUCAGAGUUCAAUUCUCAUGCAACUUAUGGCAUUUGUAAUAAUGUGUAUUAGCUUAUUACUGUUGCUUGACUGCUAACAUUGCAAAAAAUUCUCAUGAAACAAGAUUUGGCAGAUUUGUUCUUGAGUAUA